UGAUGCAAGCUCACAUAUGAACUGGUUACUAAAACAGACAUUACAGUUUACAGCAUUAUGCCUCAAGCUCAGCAGUGUUCCUCCAACAAUUUCAGGCUAACAUGUACCCACGUGUUAUUUUAAAAGGAGUCUUAUACAAGAAAUCUCAGCAAAAACGAAGAACGUCCCCUUGCAAUUAUAAGGAAAGAUAUUUUGUGCUAAACACUGAGGAUCUGACCUACUCUGAACGUCGGCCUGGGAAAAAGCCAAUUCAGAAGGGCUGCAUCGAGCUUUCCCGUAUUAAGUGUGUAGAGACUGUACGCAGUGACCUUCCCAUUCCCUGUGAAUACAAAUAUCCUUUCCAGGUUGUCUAUGAUAACUACUACCUUUAUGUGUUUGCACCAGACAACGACUGCAGACUAAAGUGGGUCAGAGCUCUUAAAGAGGAGACAAAAGGCAACAACCUAGCUUUGAACUACCAUCCUGAUUUUUGGGGAGAGGGAAGAUGGCGGUGUUGUAACAGGACAGAGAAGUUGGCACCCGGGUGUAGUGACUAUUACCCUAGUGGAUGCGCAUCCAAAAAACCUUUGCCUCCAACACCAGACCCAGAGCGGCGGUUCUCUAGCCCAGAAACGCGAAUUGUUGUGGCUCUGAAGAACUUUAUCCCUCAAGAGGACACAGACAUCCCACUGCACAAAGAUGAGGAGUACAUUGUAGUAGACUGUUCUGAGACUAACUGGUGGACUGUCAGGGAUAAAGAUGGAAAUGUUGGAACUGUGCCUUGCAUUUAUAUUAAAGAGAAACCUUCAAACAACAUUGAACACUUUAAGUGGUAUAACAAAGAUGUAACCCGGACCGAAGCUGAAGAAUUAUUAAUUGCAGUGGAUAAGGAGGGUGCUUUCAUGGUGCGUGACUCCCGGCAUGCAGGAGUUUACACAGUGUCUGUAUUUACGAAAGCUCCUGGGUCAAAUGGGGAAAAAUAUCCAAGGGUCAAGCAUUAUAAGAUCAGAGAGACAGAAGAUGAAGAGCCCAAGUAUUACUUGGCUGAAAAAUAUUUAUUCAGCACCAUCCCAGAGCUCAUUUAUUAUCAUCAACACAAUGCAGCAGGUUUAAUAACACGAUUGAGGCACUGUGUCUCCCAAGGCCAAGGAAAUUCUCCUAGGAUUGAGGAGCUUGCAUCAGAGGAGUGGGAGUUGGACAUGGAGGACCUGAUUCUCGGGGGGGAGCUGGGCAGUGGUCAGUUUGGACGGGUGUUUGAAGGCUUGUGGCAUGGUGAGAAGGUGGCUGUCAAGACAAUCCGUGAAGAGGCCAUGUCUGAAGAGGAGUUUAAAGAGGAGGCAAAGGUUAUGAUGAAAGUGUCCCAUCCCAAGCUGGUGAGGUUGUAUGGUAUGUGCACACAGCAAUCCCCCAUGUACCUGGUGUUCGAGUUUCUGGAGAAUGGCUGCCUGACAGAAUUCCUGCGCUCCAGAAAAGGUUGUGUUUCACAGGAGACACAGCUGGGCAUGUGUGUAGAUGUGAGCGAAGCAAUGGCUUACCUGGAGAGCUCAAAUUUCAUUCACAGAGACCUGGCUGCAAGAAACUGCCUUGUUUCAGGAGACCUUGUGGUGAAAGUCUCAGAUUUUGGAAUGACCAGGUUCGUACUGGAUGACCAAUACACCAGCUACACAAGCAAAUUCCCUGUAAAGUGGUCGUCUCCAGAAGUGAUCCGAUAUAACAAGUUCAGCAGCAAGUCCGAUGUGUGGUCAUUUGGUGUGUUGAUGUGGGAGGUGUACAGUGAAGGCCGACUGCCCUACGACUGCCGAAGUAAUGCAGAAGUAGUGGAAUCCCUAAACGCAGGACUAAGGUUAUCGAAACCCAGACUCUGUCCAGAACCUGUUUACCAGCUAAUGCAGUGGUGUUGGAAAGAGAAACCUGAAGACCGGCCCUCCUUCCUCCUGCUCUUGCAUGAACUGGCUUCUCUGGCGGACCACUGACUUAAGGCUAUUGACGUUGCUUAUGAAAAUAUAAUGUACAGUCCAGCAUUUUAUUUAUUUGUAUAUUCUAUUUAUUUAUUUUCAAUUUUUUUUGCAAUUAUCUAUUAUUUUUCUCUACUGCCUAUAGGUGAUGGAAUAACCUGUGGUUACUUCAUGUCUUUUUGUGCAGUCAAAUUUCCUGAUCUCCUUUUCUCCUUUAGGGGGCAUCAUUAAGUAGCCAUCUGUUUCCAAGACCAAUUGCCCAAGCCUUGGGUUCUUAGAACUAUUAAUUAUUUGCAUGUUUAUAUCUGUCUAUAGCAGGGGUCUCAAAAUCAAAUUUCCCUGGGGCCACUUUUUAUACUGUCUUCUCAUAGGUGGGCCGCAAGAGCAUUAAAGUACUCCAAGAAAGUGCAA